AAUAGCGAAGCAUCAUAACGCAGGCUGACAAGGGGGAUGGCUGUGUGACUACUGCAUCUGGAAACUGGGUCUCUGCAGAUGUUUCAUGAUGUACCAGCUUUACCUAGCUCUUAUUUUUUAGUCCUCACCACCAGGCAACGUCACACCUCCUGAGGACUCAAGAUUUUUUUUUUUUGUGCUGAGCUUAGCAUCUCCCAUCCAUUACAUUAUAUGCUUUAAACAGGCUUUCAAGUAAGAGAACCUGCCAGACUAAUCCUGUCCUUUCACUUCAAGAACAAUGAGCUCCUCUUAUCAAGAAAUCCCCCGUUUUAGCAUCAGCUGAUUAAAUAUUUUUGAAGUAUUAGGACAAACAAAUUUAUAGGAUGCCAGAAAACCUGUUAUUCGUCAUUGUAUUCCCUGGAGAACUGAUUCUACCUAGACCGGUUACUAAGAAACCUGGAGGAUUGUAUCUUAAGGUGAGAGGUUAUACACCUCUCAUUUACAGAAAUCCAUUCCUAUCCUGAGCACCAAUAUAUCUCCACUUUCUCACUGUGGUUACUUCCCAACAGCCAAACAGAAGAACCAGGCUGUAUACUUAUUUGGUCCCUAACUAUGACAGUUGCCACUGGAGAUCCCUCAGAUGAAGCAUCCGCUUUGCCAGGACACCCACAGGACAGUUAUGAUCCUGACCCUGAUCAUGAAUGUUGUGAGAGAGUCGUUAUUAAUAUUUCAGGACUUCGAUUUGAGACUCAGCUGAAGACCUUAUCCCAGUUUCCAGAAACAUUACUGGGGGAUCCUAAAAAGAGGAUGAGAUACUUUGAUCCAUUGAGGAAUGAAUAUUUUUUUGACAGGAAUAGACCAAGUUUCGAUGCCAUCCUGUACUAUUAUCAAUCUGGUGGGAGGUUAAGGAGACCUGUGAACGUGCCCUUGGAUAUCUUCUCAGAGGAAAUACGGUUCUAUGAACUCGGUGAAGAAGCCAUGGAGAUCUUUAGAGAGGAUGAGGGAUAUAUAAAGGAAGAGGAACGCCCUUUGCCAGAUAAUGAGUACCAGAAACAAGUGUGGCUUCUCUUUGAAUAUCCUGAAAGCUCUGGCCCAGCCAGGAUUAUAGCAAUUAUAUCUGUUAUGGUGAUAUUAAUUUCAAUUGUGAGUUUUUGCCUUGAAACAUUGCCUGUUUUUAGAGAUGAAAAUGAGGACAUGCAUGGGAGUGCUGUCAAUUAUUACCCAUACUCCAACAGUACAGUCCGAUAUCAACCUUCUAAUACAUUCACAGACCCAUUCUUUAUUGUUGAGACACUUUGUAUUAUAUGGUUCUCAUUUGAGUUCUUGGUUCGUUUUUUUGCCUGCCCAAGUAAAGCUGGAUUUUUUACCAAUAUUAUGAACAUUAUUGAUAUAGUGGCUAUUAUUCCUUACUUUAUAACCCUAGGUACAGAACUGGCAGAAAAAACUGAAGAUGGGCAACAAGGUCAGCAAGCAAUGUCUUUAGCAAUUCUUCGAGUUAUAAGACUGGUUAGAGUAUUUAGGAUCUUCAAACUUUCCAGACAUUCAAAGGGACUGCAGAUUUUAGGUCAGACACUCAAAGCAAGCAUGAGGGAAUUAGGCCUUUUAAUAUUUUUCCUCUUCAUUGGUGUCAUUCUUUUCUCCAGUGCUGUGUAUUUUGCAGAAGCUGAUGAGAAAGAAUCUCAGUUUCCCAGCAUCCCAGAUGCCUUCUGGUGGGCCGUGGUUUCCAUGACAACAGUAGGAUAUGGAGACAUGGUCCCUACAACAAUAGGUGGCAAAAUAGUAGGCUCCCUCUGUGCAAUUGCAGGCGUGUUAACCAUUGCCUUACCAGUCCCUGUUAUAGUAUCCAACUUCAAUUACUUCUAUCACAGAGAGACAGAAGGUGAGGAACAAGCACAAUAUUUGCAAGUAACCAGCUGUCCAAAGAUCCCAUCUUCCCCUGACCUUCAAAAAAGUAGAAGUGCCUCCACGCUGAGUAAGUCAGAUUACAUGGAGAUCCAAGAAGGAGUUAAUCAUAGCAAUGAAGACUUUAGAGAGAAGAAUUUAAAAACUGCAAAUUGCACCUUAGGAAAUACAAACUAUGUAAAUAUAACCAAAAUGCUCACUGACGUUUGACUGGCCUGCUCCUUGCAAAAGGGUAUGGGGCAGCUGCAGAAUUUGAGCAAUGCAAUAAUCUGCUAGGUAAUACUUUUCUAGAUGUGUCAAUUUGCAUGGAAAGCAAUAGUUGUGUAAGUGAUGUUUUAAUGCAUCUGCAACUGAAUUCUAACUCACGGAACAUCUAUUGACAACAUUGGUAGGCCAAAGCAAUCUAGUAGCAUAUUUGACUAAAUGGUAUACAAAUUUGAAAUGACCUAAGAUUGAGGCAAUCACUAGGCCUCACUUUGUAUACAUACUAAGGCGUCUCAGCCUGGAUAGAUGAAAGAAGUGAAACUCGCUGUACAAUCUAUUUGGAUACAUACUGUAGGUGUCCAAUCAAUGUUUAGCUUGUGACUAAACAAACAGGCAUAACUUCAUGAAGAACACUGUUGACCGUAAUGUUUCACAAGAGGUUCUGCAGCAGCAACAGGCUGCAAUGCACAGGACAGUAACCUUUUAUAGUGACACAAACAAUUAUUGGUCCGACAGGGUUAAAACUGCACCUGUUGAUUAAACUGAAAAGAUGAUGGUUUCCAAAGAAUUGUACUUCCCAAUUUCCCCAUAAAUAUUAUCAUAGCUAUAAAAUAUCUUCUAUAGGAUAUGCUCAGCAUACCCUGUAGUGAUGUAAACAUAAAUUGCACUUAAAUGAUCAAUGCACAUAUGUACAGCCCAACAUUUCAUGCUUUAAUAAUUAAAUAGCUGUUUUUAAAAAUACCUUCCAUAUUUUAUCGAGGAACAUAUAUUUUUGUGUUAAGGUUCUGUUGUAUAUCAAAAUGCUGAUAUUUUAUUUUUUAAAUUUUUUUAAUAAGCUAGUUUGCUGCCACUGUAGUGUGUCUAUGCUGGGAUGUAUGACACGACUAAACAGGAAGUCAAUAUGUACUAUAAUCUGCAGACACAGUGUAUACAUACAGUAGUCAUUGCUAUAAUCACUGAAACAGGAAAUAUACAACUGCUCCUUAGCUAUGGGACCACUUCAUUAUUGAUCAAGGUAAAUGUCCAGAACAAGGGUGAAGAUUGACCAAAGGGUGUAUGAAAAUGUAAAAGAAGCCUUCACACUUAGAUGUCAAGGCAACAUGCUGCAAUUGUUUCUAAGGUUAAAUAAUAUCACAUGGGACUGCAAUGAGACCAUGGUUGAUUAGGGUAACCCACAUUUACCACUACUGUAUGUAAAAUAACUGCAUGCAUAUGUUAUUAAUUGUUCUUAACUGUUCCUAGCAAUCUGGUCUAUCAGCAGUUCUCUGUAAUGUGGAUAAUGUCAGCCUUAAAACUUUUGUACUGUAGGCCAUCAGUUAUCCUACUGGUGGGAGUCGCUAACUUCAUGCUGUGUUGCUGUAUCAAAUCAUUGGAGAGAUACACCUUGCAGGAUAAAGUGUAAUAGGUCUCCUCUAACCUUUGUUAGAAAUUCUAAUAUUCUGUCACACUAUUAUAAUGUUGCCUACAUUCCAUUCAUGAAUUAAUAACUGUGAAAUAGGAAUAAUGCAUGGAUAAUAUUGCAUGCACACUCUAUCAACAUAUAUAGCCAAAUACGCAAACACACACAUACACAGUUUCUUCUUAAGUAGAAAAUAACCAACUAUCUAUGUAGCUGUAUCAGUGUUAAUAGUAUUUAUUCUACAAUUGUAUUAUUUGAAUAAUUUCCUUAUAGGAAUACAGAAGUUAAAUCAGGAAAAGGGACAUACUGAUUGUACAUUUUAAAAUAAGGUUCAAACUGUAGGUAAAAUAUACUUGCACCAAGGAUUGUGUUUAUGUUUCAGGGAAACUUUGUCACGCUUGAAAAUAUAUGUACUGUAUUGAAAAAGUAAGUAAUAAUUAAACAUCCACAGUGAAGCGGGCAGAAACAAAGGACACAGGAAAGGGUGUUCCAUUAGUCAUAAAUAAAUAAACAACGGCAUCCAUUGACAUAUAUUUUGAUUGUCUGUAGAUGUAAGCAGCUGUAUAAGCACUAUGGAAUGUAUAGAAAUCUAUGUAUAUAUAUAUAUAUAUAUAUAUAUUUACAUAUGUAUAUAAAAAUGUGCUUACACAUGUGAAUAAGAGUGCAUGGGUAUAUGAGAACACUGAUAAAAUACAAAUUAAUAUGCACUCCCAAACAUCCAAGUCGAUAAAUAUUAAUGUCUCUUGAAAGUUGGUACAGUUGUACAGAGAAAACAUAUUAUGUUUACUUAUAAAAGAAGAAACAGAUAAUUUUUUAUGACACUUUCAAUUCAGGAUUGUAUUACCUUUGCAAUUAGAUUGGUUAUACUGAUGUAAUUAUAUAUGUAUGAGCGAUACAUGAAUACCUGUCUAUUCAAAGAUUAUCUAUUCAUGCAUGUAUGUAUAUUCAAGCACAUUAAAUACACAACCACAUACAAUUACAUGCCAAUAUGUAUCUAACGGUGCAAUAGAAUAUAUAUAUUCUGAGAAACAAUAUGAAUUACAAGAAGCUUUAGAUAUUAUUGUCAAUUUCAAUGUCUGUAUUAUGCAUAUAUUAAGCACAGUGUGAUAUCAAAUGUUACAUUACCUAUUCAGAAAGUUAAUCAUUGUUGCAAAUAAACUGAUAAUAAUAAGCCACAUUUUUGACAAAACCUAGAAGUAAAGGUCAGUAAAACAAAGUAGAAAAAAAUUGGCACAAUCCUUUGGUAGCUACAAAUCCCAAGAUCUGCCAAUAUUUACCAUUUUUAGUAAUUUCUGAACCAAUUAUGCAAUUAUUGCCAUAUCAUUUGUGUACAGUUUAACCAUUGAAUGCCUGAUGACAAGCCAGUGCUUGGAAAACAAUCUCUCAGCACUGAAGCAGAUAACAUUCUAAUAGAGCUUUUAAAUGCACAUCUCAGUGCAUAGAAUACUUAUACAAUACAUCAAAGGUGUUUCCCUGUAAAAUGGGUCACUUUCAUUUGUGCCUUUGUGCAUUAACUUAUAUUUUAGGGUAUGUUUAUUGUUUAUAGUUAUACUUUGAAAUUGUUGAAGAAUUAACACCUAAAAAAUGAAAAUAGGAUUUUAUGUCUUUAAUUGUAGGUCGAAUGCUCGCCAAUAAUUAUAUUUUAGUAUAAAUGGUAUACAGAGUUUAUUUAUUUUUAUUUAUUUAUUACCAGUUAUUUAUAUGGUGCACACAUAUUCCGCAGCACUUUACAGAGAAUAUUUAGUUAUUCACAUCGGUCACUGUCCUAGUGGAGUUUACAAUCAAUAUUCCCUACCACAUGUACAUGCACACACGCUCACAUUAGGGUUAAUUUUGUUGGGAUCAAAUUAACCUACCAGUAUAUUUUUGGAUUGUGGGAGGAAGCCGGAGUACCCGGAAGAAACCUAUGCAAGUACGGGGAAAAUAUCCAAACUCCACACAGUUAGGGCCAUGGUGGGAAUUGAACCCAUGACCUCAGUUCUGUGAGGCAGUAAUGCUAACCAUUACACCAUCCAUAGUGCCCAGUUUGUACACUUCAUUUUCUCGCACUUAGUUAUCAUCAGAAAGAAAUACUACAGUAUUUUGAGAAGUGUUAAUCUUCUCAAUAGCCAGUAAAUAGUGAUUAUGAUUCAAUCUUGUGGAAGGGUUCCUGGCAUCCUGGGCCCUCUUACCCUUUGGCACCCUUUACUCUUGCUGCUCUAACCUCCCCUUUCCGCCUGUUACCUUGUGGGGAGCAUAUUGGGUGGGGUAUCAGGGACAGAAGGUGGAUGUAAGGCUAAGUGCUGCCUGUGAUGCUGCAGGAUGUUGCUCCUCUGUGUCAGUGACAGACUAGGAUUGUGGAUGUGAUGCUACAGUGCAGUGCCACACUCACAUCUUAACAUCAGCAUCACAAUGCAAAGUAAGAAGCACACUUGAUGUGUUCCAGUUAAUUUAAAUAAGUAAACACAUUCCCCAAUUGUCAGGUCAACUUGUUACUUUAAUACCCAGGGAGGCAGGUACUCAAUGUGGGAGCAAUGCAAGUAAAAAUAAAACUCUAUGGGCUCCAUUUACCAUCGAUACUAUUUCCCAGUGGCAUAUUUUGUUUAGUAUUACUGUGAUACUAACAAAUAUGCCUCUGGUAUUUAACAUCAAUCAUUUGUCUGGCAAGGUCCAGCUGUGUCCCCCUCCUCUUGUGUGUUGCCGGCAGCCAACUGUUACUGGCAUUGAGUUACUGACUAAUGUGCAUACGUGACAGCCAUCUGUGCACAUGCAUACUGCUCCACACAGGCAAGGCCUCAUCAAAUCCUGGAAGACUUUGCUGAAGUCGGAAAGACUGUGGCGAGUCCCCAUUUUACUGCUUACGCCAUCUAUAGAGAGCAUACGGGUUUCUGUAGAAAUGGUUAUGGAAUAUUAGGUAGACAGUCAAAAUGUUGACAGUGUCUGUGACGAACCAAAUGGCCGACAUGCACAAUGUUGACACAAUGAAAAGGUCAACAUGGAAAUGGCAGACACAUGAAAAGGUCGACAUGAGUUUUUCAGGUUUUUUUGUGUCAAAUUUUAGAUUUCAGCACAUGGAAUCCCAACUAGUGUACCGCUUUGAUUGCAAUGCUUCAGGCAGGGUGCCCUACUGCGCUACCGCUGUGCUUGGCAUAGAUUACCAUUCCCAAUUGUAGUCCAUAUGGAUGGAUGGAUGGUAAAGUAUGAAAAAGUUGAAAAAUUCAAUAAAAAUUCAAAAAAACUCAUGUCAAUCAUUUGUCCACCAUUUACCCAUGUUGACCAUUUGGUCUCAAACUAUUGACUGUCGACCUAUUAUCCAGAUACCUUUAUAAACAGUGGUAAGCUAAACUAAAGGAUUGUGUUCAUAACAUCUUUUAACAUCAGAAACAAGUGCUAAAGGGGUUACAAUUCAUUCUUGCCUGGGGCCCUAUAUGAGUGACACACUGUUUUUUUUGUGUUUUCUUUUCGAUUAACCUAAAAUGUUGGUGCCCAAUGUGAUCACCUUACUUCAGCUUAAGGAAUAAUGCUUGGGAUAGGCAUAUCAAUAUCCUUACAAAGAAUUAAGGUUCAAAAAGGGUUGAGAUUGCGUAAAGGAUUAAAAAAAGGGGCAGACAAGAUGGGCCAAGUGGUUCUUAUCUGCCGUCAAAUUCUAUGUUUCUAUGUUUCUAUCAACCCUGAUUAUAAGUUCACAUAGACUUUCCUGUUAUUGAGCACAAAUGUACAGGUGCCAAGGGUUGCCUAUCUCUGGCAUAACCCAUCUGAUCAUGAAGCAUUUAUUGGUGUAUAGAGAGACUAUUUUAGGAUGCCCAAUUUGCCUCAGGUGUAAUGCCAGUAACACAAAGUGAAUGGUGUGUAAAUCAGCAUCACAAUGGUUUUCGGUGUUACUGUACAGUGGCCUCCUCUGGUCUUGCUGCUUAGAUAUUCAUUUAAGAAAAGUGUUUUUAAACAUUGCUUUGCAGUUUAAUGUAGGGGUGUUAAAGCUAUCUAUACUGUAGUGAGACACAUCAUAUUUUUGGGUGUGUUAGGUCAGAACCCUUGUCAUUUAUAGUUAACUUAAACAUACUAGAAUAAAAUUAUACCACUGUAUAUGGCAUUGAGAUAAAUAUCAUGAUUUUGUGAUCCCUGAAAUUUUUGCUUCGCAAAUUUGCAUCUGAAUCUUUUCAUUUUAUCUAUGCAACCUAUUUUCAUUUUAAGGUGUUACAUUUAAAAAUGAUUUGAGGCAUCUUUAAACAAAGCAUUUUAACCUUUAAGCAGGGCAAUAAUUAGAGUUAACAGCAAAAGAGGAUUUGAAACUACACUAAGGGGCAGAUUCAACAACGAGUGAUAUUCUUGUUGUUACGCAUUACAAAUGCUAAAUGGUGCUCCAGCCAAUAAGCUCCUAAUUGUUCUUUUUUAAACACAUGACAGGAGCUAAUUGGCUGGGGCACCAUAUAUCAUUCAUAACAAGAGAUAACAAGAAUAUCACUCAUUAUUAAAUCAGCCCCUAAGAACCUAACUAAAAUCUAUGUACUAGAAAACAGCACCGGCAUACAUUCAAAAAAAUCCCUGAAAAUCCAUAAAAACAUCACACUAGUAAAUAAUAGUUAUAUGCACACCAUUCAAGAGAUAUUCUUCUACUGUCCACAAUACAAAUUUUCUUUAAGUCAAUAAUGCCAUUACGUGCCAACAUCUAAAUUCCAAAACUUCACAAAAAGGUGACAGAAAACUGUAGGUCUCCAAGCAUCCUACUGUCUUAUCUCCACAGAAGCCACAAUCAAUCCCCAUUACAGCUCACCAUUUAGUAGUCAUUGUUGGUGGGAUCUUGCAGUGUGAUCGUUCCCUUGGAAUACAUACCAUUUACAGACGGACGGAAUGCCAGCUGUCAAGAUCCUGACAGCGGCAUCCCGUCCGUCAGAAUGCCGGCAGUUGGGUGAGCUCUAGGAGUUCCCUUGUGGGCUUGCUGCGCUUCCCACGCUACGGGCUCAGUGCGCUCACCACAGUAUCUAUUCCCACUCUGUGGGUGUCAUGGACACCCACAGAGUAGGAAUAGUCCUGUUUUGCGGGGGUUUCGCCUGGCGGCAUUGUCAGCUGUUGGGAUUCCAGCAUCGGUAUCCUGGCUGCCAGGAUCCUGACAGCCGGCAAAUUGAACAGAUCCCGUUCUCUUACUUAUCUGUGUUAUAUUGAGCCCAGAAUCCAUGCAGGAAAAUGUACUCUUACUUCUUAAAUUGAGUUGUUGAGAAUUCAUAUCACGUUUCUUGCAACAAUGUAACAUUGACGUAACGAUUCAGUAAUUAGCAGCUUUCUGAUCAACACUGUUGCUUGAGUUGAGCUAUAGGGUAGUGAUUUGUUUUUUCAUGGUGCUUGUGCAGGCUUAACAUAUUUCACUGCUAUUUUAGGCAAUUGCUGCAAAUCCCUUUGAUCAAUGGGCAAAUAAAUUGGAUAAUGGGAGAAUAAAUCACAUGGAUUUGCAGCACACAUGCAGCAGAAAAACGCAUUAAAAGCUGCACAAGCACCAUGGGAAAGUAACUUGCUAUUGUAUAGCUCCAUUUAAUCUACUGUGUUAAAGAUCUUCACUUCUAUGGAGAAUUUAUUGCAUCUAUGCCGCUGUGCUGCCCCUACUGCCCUUAUACCACUAUUGCAGUUCUGAAAGUAUAGAAGCCACCAGAACUAUAAGCGUGCAUUUGCACCAGUCCAAACCUAGUGCAAGAUAUUUGUCUAAAUUCAGAUGAAUCUUUGCGCAUGCACAACUCUGCAUAUCCCACAAUUCCUCCUACAUUCCCAGUUGCACAUUACUCUGAAUCUCUCAUAGUUGCAUAUGCUUAGCUGCAUGAGUAGUGUAGCAUUUUAUAGUAUCCAUAAACAAAACAAAGUUAUAUUACACUCUAAAAUGGGGUUUAAUGAAAAUUGGUGCUUGGUUAUAGUACAUAGGUAUUUCCUAAAAUUAUACUAAAACAAAUUUAGAGCUGCAGGCAUCUACUGAAUUAUUGUAUUCCAUAAUAAGAGUCGAUGCUGAACUUACAUAUUCAGGCCCCUCUAUCUAGUGCCUCCUCCUUCUUUAUUGUGUUGAAACAAUAGGUAACUGGUGAAUAAAAAGUAGCAAAAAAAUGAAAUAAAAAUGUAUAAACAUAAACAAAAUGAUAGAGUGAAUAAAACAUACAGAUCAUUAACCCAUGUCUAUGCUGACCUGAACAGUACUGCCAUAGGUAUGUAACUAGGUUACCUGUAUGGUAAAUAGAGCCCUAUUUUUAAGUCGAAAAAAAAAAUAGAUCAGUUGUAAAUCAUAUUUCAUCAUUUUGUUUAAUACUGUAUGUUGUCUCCUGUAUUGCACAGUUAAAACAUUCACAUCACAGACAUGUGAGAAAAACCUGUUCUUUUAGUAAAUGUAGACAUGUCAGUAUUGUAUAGGUAUAUAUAUAUAUAUAUAUAUAUAUAUAUAUAUAUAUAUAAAUCCAUGCAUAUGUAUUUGUAAACACAAUGAAAUAUUUUUAUUCUUACAUACCAUAUGUAAGAUUUAUUUAUACCAUAUUGGUCCAUUGUAGGUAUACUUAUGUAAUUAACAUAUAAAAAUGUUAAUGUAUACUAUUGAUGCUUGUGUAUAAAGACGCCCAGUUUGACAAAUUAUCUUCUGCUCUUUGUAAUCUUUCCUUGCACAAAGUGUUAGGGGCUAAAUAAGGAUUUUGGUGGAUGGAAGGGGAGUUGUACCUGGUGUUAUCUCAGUGUCCUUACUUUCGUACAGUGUGUGCACAGGAUACUGUAAAGUAUGUCUGAAUGAGUAAAACAUGCUAAGCAUAUAUACCAGGGACAUGUGGUGAGGUAAAUGACUCUGGAGGUUCUGGCUAGUACCAGUGCUAUAUUUACACCAUGAUUGCUCACUUAUAUGCUGCUCUCUCUGGGAGAGCAGCCAGGUCGGCUCAGUUGGAGGCUGGUGAGUGGGUGUGAUGAGGCAAAAGGGGCGGGGUGGAGGGAUUACAACGCCCCCCAUACCUCAGCCCCCCACGGUACGAGGGGGCGUGGUGGCCAUGACGGCCGUGGUGGCAUUAUACAGCUAGGGGUGUGACUACGAUUACACGAUUCAGCGAGAAUCGCGUCAUCAACCGCCCAGACCGUCCACUUUAUACAUUGAGGGGGCCACCGAAAUUGGGAGACUUGCCUUCUCUUCCGCCCAUUUUGGAAAAGUAGGUAAGUAUAAUUUACACACAAUAUAUGAGCCCAAGGGUUUAUCUGGGCAUUAUGUACUGGAAAUUUGGUGAGCUUUGAGCAGAGAUGUGCGGAAAAGAUAAGCUGGUGAGGCACUGUUUUAUCUGUCAUAGACUUUUUACUCCAGAGUUUUGACUAUAAAAAUGAUUAGCAUAAUACAAAGAAUAUAUUUCUAAUAUAUUCUUUGUAUUUUUCACAUACUUAUACUUUUUGUAUAUAGUCAAAACUCUGGCUUAUAUGUUAAUAUGACAGGAAAGGCUCAACCUCACCUGCCUCACCCUACCGCAUGUCACUGAUAUUAACUGUACAAAAUAUAAAGCACUGAAAGUUCAGAAUGUCAACAUGGUCUGAAUGAAACAUACCAGUACACUGACAUGGGUAAAGCAGGAUUUCUCUAGGAGGGUUCUGUUUGAUUCAGAAACAAAGUAAAGAAAAACUCAAGCAAUAAGCCUAAAACAGGUACUUUUUUAUAGUUAAAUUGUUUCACAUACAGAUGGGUCAGUUUCAAUGUGUUACUUACAUAAUUUUAUCAAGUAAGUUUAAUAUUUACGACUGGUGGUGGAUCAUUGGGUUUAUCAGAAAUAGGUCGACAGUCACUAGAUAAGCCCCAUAUUGUCACCAUGCGCUAAGUACACUGGGUCAAAAAGUCGAUAGUCAAUAGGUCGACAUGAAAAAAGUAGACACUACAAAAGAUCGACAGCUACAAAAGGUCAACAGUAAAGUGGUUGACAUGUGUGUCAUUCAGUAUGUUUAACCACAUAUAAGCCAAAAAAGUGAAAACGUGUCCACUCACGGGAUCGUUUCAUUCACCACGCUUCAGGCAAGGUGCCUCGCUCCACUACUGCUGCCCUCAGCACAUGUUACUAUUACCAAUCCUAGUCCGCAAGGAUGAUAAAUGUUAAUAAAAUAACAACCAAUUUUUGUUUACCAUAUGUGUGUCGACCAUUGUCAUGUCGACCAUUUGAACCUGUCGACCUUAAACACUGUCAACAUUUAGACUAUGCCGAUGUUUUGUACCUGACGACCUAAUGCAUGUCGACCAUAUGAAGUGGACCUAUGGACUGUUAGCCUAAUGACUGUCAAUCUGCUGUAUAAUACGGAACCCAUUUAUGACUGCAGUAAGUAUGCAACUAAACACAUAUAUACAGAGAAUAGCCGUUCAAACUACAUCCACCGGUUAAUGCCACUGCAUGUAUUGCAACUAAAAAGCUAUUGUUUUAUGUUUUUUUGAUUACUCAGGCGUCUUUUUAAUAUUUAUGGCAUACGCAAUGUGAUCUGGACACAAUGGGUGUAAUUCAGAC